GCUGCGCGCUUGGAGCUCCGGAGUGGAGUAGAAAGCGGACUGUCUGUCGCUGAGGAGCAGAGGAGAGAGGUGAAAAGAAACAAGGGAAGGAACGGAGAGGGAAAACUGGAGCUAAAAAUGGUGUGAAGGCGAGCGAGCGAGGGAGACAGAUGCGGAGAAGUGCCUCUGGAGGCUGUAGUCGUUUCUGCGGUCACUGCUAGAAGUCAGAGAACUCCCGCUUUUUGAUGCUGUCCUCACGGAGGUCUGAGCCAAUAACGGACUUAUUGGUCGGCUGAACCAUGCAGAGGCUGCUGCUCCUGAGUUUGGCGUUCAGUCUCCACACUGAUCCACCUCAUUGUGUACCUCAGGCAGCCGGGAGCGUGCACGCUGACUGGCCCGCCGACCACUCCAUCAUAGCAGUGAGGACAGCGAGAUUCUCUCAGGAGCCGGCAGACCAGUCGGUGGUGCGGGGCCAGAGGGUGAUCCUGUCCUGCGUUGUCUUCAACUACUCUGGCAUCGUUCAGUGGACCAAAGAUGGUCUGGCUCUGGGCAUUGGAGAGGACCUUCGGGCCUGGCCCAGGUACCGGGUGCUGCGGGUCCAGGAGCUGGGCCAGUACAACUUGGAGAUCCUGUCAGCGGAUCUAUCCGACGACGCCCUGUACGAGUGCCAGGCCCCUGAUGCUGCUCUGAGGUCCAGAAGGGCCAAACUCACCGUCCUCAUCCCGCCGGACGACCCGGUGAUCGAUGGAGGACCGGAGGUGUUGCUGACGGCGGGGGAAUCAUACAACCUUACAUGUGUGUCUCGUGGGGCUAAACCUCCGUCAGUGGUCGAGUGGCUUAAAGACGGCUUGCCUAUAGAGGGCGCUGUCAGCACCACUGAGGUGCUUCCAGACAGGAAGAGGGUGACCACACGGAGCUACCUUCCGAUACACCCCAUUGACACCGACACGGGGAGGAACUACAGCUGUACGGCCACCAAUCUGGCUGCUCCCUCUGGCAAGAGCACAACCGUCACCCUUAAUGUGCACCAUCCACCAACAGUGACCUUGUCCAUUGAACCUCGCUCUGUCCUAGAAGGGGACAGAGUCACCUUCACCUGCCAGGCCCAUGCCAACCCUCCUAUUAUGGGCUACAGAUGGGCUAAAGGCGGCGUGGUGCUGCAGGGUGCCAGGGAGAGCGUCUUCACCACCAAGGCCGACCACUCCUUCUUCACUGAGCCGGUCUCCUGUUUGGUUUUCAACGCGGUUGGAAAAACCAACGUCAGCAUCCUGGUGGAUGUUCACUUCGGUCCUAUCCUGCUGGUGGAGCCACAGCCGAAAACAGUCGACGUGGACUCUGAUGUCACCCUCAACUGCAAAUGGGCGGGAAACCCUCCGCUCACGCUCACCUGGUUCAAGAAAGGAUCGAACAUGGUUCUGAGCAACAGCAACCAGCUGCAUCUGAAGUCUGUGACCCAGGAUGACGCUGGCCAGUACGUAUGCAAGGCGAUCGUUCCACGGAUCGGAGUAGGAGAGACCGAGGUCACUCUCACAGUCAACGGUCCGCCCAUCAUCUCCAGUGAGCCCGUGCAGUACGCCGUUAGGGGGGAGAGAGGAGAGGUGAAAUGCUACAUAGCCAGUACACCUCCUCCAGAUAAGAUCGUGUGGGCGUGGAAGGAGAACGUGUGGGAGAAGGAGAAGGGCACGCUGCUGGAGAGGUACACGGUGGAGCAGAGCAAGCCGGCAGCCGAGGGGGGCGGCGUCCUCUCCACGCUCACCAUCAACAACGUGAUGGAGUCGGACUUCCUGUCCACCUACAACUGCACGGCCUGGAACUCGUUUGGCCCGGGCACCAUGAUCAUUACGCUGGAGGAGACCGAGGAGUUUCCGGUGGGGAUAAUAGCCGGUGGCACGGUUGGCUCCACCAUUCUCCUCUUCAUCUUCCUGCUCAUUCUUGUGCUCAUCUUCUACCGGCAGCGAAAAGGCAGCCGGCGCGGGGUCACGUUGGGCAAGCCCGACAUCAAGGUGGAGACGAUCACCAAGGAGACCCACAGCCUGGAGGAGGACUCCGGCAGCGUGUCCACGGCCUCGCGCAUGGUCAAGGCCAUGUACUCGUUUCUCCCUUCUGUGUCCUUCUCUCCUUCUAAUCAGCCUUUUAAAGAUGACAUAGAACUCAAGUCGGACCUCCGGAGCGACACCCUGGACACCCGGCAGGAGUACGACCUAAAGGACCCUACUAACGGGUACUACAAUGUGCGAGCUUCCACCCAGGACGAAGUGCACCCUGGGUCCCGUUCCACCAUGCAUUACGCCGACUACCGCUCCCCCGCAGGAACACCAGGGGGAGCUGCAUCUAUCAGUAGCAGCACUGGAGGCUCAGGGGCCACUGCCAGCGGGGGAGCCCCCGUCCCCCCAGGUCCUCUCACCUCCCCCGGACGCCCACAAGCCUGCUACGACCCCCGGCCGCCCUCCAGACUCUCUCACAUCAGCUACGCCCAGUUCAACACGUUCACCCGUGGGGGCCAAAGCCAGCAGCCCCCCGCUAACCCCGCCCCAGCGGCCACUGACUUCCUCGGGGACUGUAGCCUCCUGGACUCCACUUCCCAGCUGGCCUACGACAACUACGGAUACCCUUCACACUACCAGACCUACCGCAUGGGCUUCGCGCCGUCUAGCCUGGCCCCUCUGGAGGCCGGCCCCUCCUACGAGAUGUACGGGGUCGGGUCCGGGAUGCCAAGCCCCGGGGUCGGGGUCAGCCCGGCGGGCCCGGUGGGCCCGGCUCCCUCCGGAUCAGAGACUGGACUGGGGAAGUACGGCAGCUCUACUCGCUUCUCCUACACCUCGCAGCACUCUGACUACUCCCACAGCCGACACACGCAGCGAAUGCAGACUCACGUGUGAGAGGGAGAUGCAGAACCCCCUCCCCCCCUCUCCCCCACAGUCUUAGCCCAGCAUAAAGAGGCAUCUUAUAAAUAGUGUCACAACUGAAACACACACAUACACACUCACAAACGUACAUAAACACAUUUUAGCGUGUCCUGCUAGACAUUAACCUGGCCUCACACACAGACACACACGCAGGCACAAAUCCUGAAUCCAUGCCCGUGAGACAGGGAGGAUGAAAGACACACAGAGAGCAGAGAAAACAGGGUGAAACGAAGGAGUUUUAAUGAGACAGGGACGGGAAACUCCACACGGCGCAGAAUUCCCUCACUCCCGAUGUUUGUAAACGUGAGCUCUGUGAGAGCGGACAGCGCAAGUCACAAUCAGGCCGAGCGAGGACGAGAGAUCUCAGAUCUGAGGAGCCCAGCCCCCCCUACCCCCUCCCCCCCACCUCCCACUCCAGCCUCUGUUCUGAACUGACGCUGCAAAGCAAUGAAAGAGAGCAUCCUGUCAGAUACGGUACGCGCUGAACGGAAGAAACCUCAGCCAGUGGAAGCCACGUCUGGCCGCCGUUUUUCAUUUUCUUUUAGCUGGUUGUCUUAUUCAGUGAUCAUCGAGCACAUAAGCGGUAGGAUUCCCAGAGAGCCUGUGUGUACAGUGCAGCCGGGCCUGUUGGGCAGCGCAGGGUGGGUAAGUGGGAGGGCGGGUGGGUAAGUGGGAGGGCGGGCGCGGGUGUUGGCCAUCAUGUUGCACUUCAUCCACAGUAUUCAUCUUCUGAUGUCUCUCGACUAUAUCUCUGUUACGUCUUCUGUUUAUUUGCACACCAGACUAGAGCUUUGUAUUCUAUUUUUUAAACAUUGCAGAAUUAUUUUUGUCAGCGUCAAAACAUAUAUGUAUCGUGUAUGAUGUUACGGACCAAACGGUGGAAGGCAAGCGCACGUGGAGAGCUGCGCCGACGGAGGGACCUGAGUCCGGGGCGUGUUCCUCUCCCGUGUGAGUAUCUACAAAAAAAGAAGAAGAAGAAGAAAGAAGGAAACCUUGUGCCAAACGUUCACGUUCCGCGUGGAUGCAGUUAGGAGCUCCUUCUGUCGGUGGGAUGCCGCCUUGUGUUUUGGAACGGCGGGAAACUGGCGCAGACAGAGAGGGAGCGAACACAGACGAUGGGUUUAGAGUGGCCUUAUGGGAGGAGCGUGUCACGCAUUUCCGUUUUGAAUCAUUCCUCGUUGGUUGUCUGCCAAACCUGGCCAGAGGGGAAUGUGUGCAGAGAGGUUUAAUGAAGGCUUGUCCACAGUAUUGACAUGUAUUAGUGUGUGACUGUGAGCGUGGGUGGGUGGGUGGGUGGGUAAGAGCGAAUGAGGAAGGGGUUGGGGUAGGGGGGGUGGGCAUUGGUGCACACUUCCAUUUGUACAGUGUGUUUGUACAGAAGUCGGAAUGAGUGCGCGUGCGUCUGUCUCGGUAUACGUCCAUAUCAUUUCUCACGAACCUGUUACGCUACUUUUAUACCUCCGGUAGGACUGUAUCCUGUAUUAUUGUGUCUUUUGAAUUUAGGAGAAUCCGAUGUUUAUCUUAUCGUACUGUUGGUAGCAGAGACAGCCGUUCAAAAAGAUGUACGACAAGCAUUAUCAAGCUCUCGUUUUUUUUAUUUCAUUACCUUCGAUAUUUUUUAAAAAUGGUGUGUAAUUAUUUUUCCACAGUAUUACAUAAAUAAAAGCACUGUUUUUUAACAAGG